AUGAUAGAGGGCUCAGUGGAGCAAUCUUGGGCUAAUCUCUUUGGGAUCGCGAAAGCAAACAGGCUGGUCUACAUCCCUCUGGAAAUUGUUCAUGAGGCCUCUGCAAAUAGGGUAUUCACCAGGGGCCCCUGGAAUUUAUGGAUGACAUGUGUUUUCUUCGCCAGUGGGCUCCUGGCAUCCGAGGGUUGGUGCCAGACCACAAACCAACAUUUUUUUGUGGAUGUUGAGUAUUGUAACCGGCCUAGGGGUUGCAGGAAAUGUAGAGUUUUUGGACAUGAAUGUGAGGAUAUCCCAGAAGUGGUAGAGGAGGUGGCAGGAAACUCAGUACAGGAUAAGGAGGAGGCUGAAGUUGAUCCAAUGUUGGGGGAAGCUUCUCUGGUGGGAAGUUCGAGCAGGGUUUUAGGUUUGGCAAAAGAGGUUGGGACUUCUGGAAUGUUAGAAGGGGCAUGUAGGAACCUUGAUAGGGCUGUUGCAAACCUAGUCUCUUCUUUGGAGCCUAGGCAGGACCCUAGCACAUCAUCUUGGGGCCCUCUUCAGUUUGUGUCUGAUCCUAUUGUUCAGUUGCCUUCGGAUAAAGAGUUUCAGAAUGUGAUUGUG